GGGGCGGCGUGCGGCCUUAUGAGCGCUGCGGCGACGCGGCUUCGGAAGGCGGUUGUUGGGACGGUAGCUCCCGUGGUGCCGUACGGCUGGGGGCGGGGCGCAGCCCUGGCCCGUGGGCAGCUGCGGGGCGGAAGCGGCGCGCGGGGCUGGGAAUGGAGGUGAUCCGCUGCGGCUGCUGCUUGUGCGCCGAUGGCAUCGCGGGAGCGGUAUGAAUGGAGCGGUUAGGGCCAGCAGGCAGUUGGCGGUGCGUGCUUCUGGCUUGCUGCGGGACGCCGGCAGCACGGUGUCUCUGAAGUCACCUGGAACCCCUGGAACUGUGUGUGCUGGAUCUGAGGAGCAGUAAGCAAUGAUGGAUAACCGUUUUGCUACAGCACUGGUAAUUGCGUGUGUUCUCAGCCUCAUCUCCACCAUAUAUAUGGCAGCUUCCUUGGGCACUGAUUUUUGGUAUGAGUACCACACUCUGUCCCCCGCUGAGAACAUUACUGAAGCUGGCAGGAGCAUCUGGGAGGAAUUUGUCAGUGAAGAGGCAGAUGAGAAGACCUACACAGAUGCACUCUUCCGGUGCAAUGGCACAGUUGGGUUGUGGAGGAGGUGCAUCACUGUACCCAAAAACUCUCACUGGUACAGCCCACCAGAAACUGAUAUGACAACAAACUGCAUCAGUUUUUCCCUCUCUGACCAGUUUAUGGAGAAGUACAUAGAGCCUGGAAAUCACAACAGUGGCACAGAUUUGAAUAGGACUUAUCUCUGGCGAUUGCAGUUUCUCCUGCCAUUUGUCAGCCUUGGUCUCAUGUGCUUUGGAGCUCUGAUCGGGCUCUGUGCAUGCGCCUGUCGCAGCCUAUACCCUGCCAUUGCCACUGGCGUCCUCCACUUUCUUGCAGGACUUUGUACGCUGGGCCUGGUUGGCUGCUAUGUAGCUGGGAUUGAGCUGCUUCAUAAGAAGCUGCCCCUACCUGGUGAUGUGAGGGGUGAAUUUGGCUGGUCCUUCUGCCUAGCCUGUGUCUCAGCACCUUUGCAGUUUAUGGCAGCUGCUCUUUUCAUCUGGGCGGCUCGUACCAAUAGAAAGGAAUUCACUCUCUUGAAAGCAUACCGUGUAGCAUAGUAAGUGCUGCUACCCAAGUGUUAGGUUUCCAUGUAACAGACUCCCCUCAACCCUUAUUACUUCUAUUGUUCUUUUAGACAGAAAUUUGACCUCAUACUGCUUUCUUCUUGCCAGUUGAUACAGUAUAGCCUGCAGGCCCUGAAGACAAAGACCUUUGGGCUAAAUGACUAAACUUUACCAGAAGUCUGCAGAACCAUUAAAAAUGGUUUUUGAUAUAUAUAUUUAAGUUUUCUUUAGUUGAUUUUCUUUAGUUGAUUUUCUUUGAAUAUCCCCUUAGUUAAAUGUGUAUUUAUUCUUAUUUUAUUACAGACUGACAGAGGAAGUAGGGAAAGCAUUGUGAUGUGGAGGUGAGAUAGGAAAAGAUGCAGGUAGGCAAGAAUGGGAACCGCAGAGUUCAAAUUACAAAUAAUCACAAUUUGGGCACUCUCCAUAGGCCAUAGAGGAGAUGAGAUGUGGAAAAAGAGGAACGUGUCUAAUGGAAAUACUGUAUUUAAAUCAGUGCUGUAGCUUAGCUUUGGGUCUCUUAUUCUUGCUAGAUUGUUAAUUUCUAUGGCUUCCACCAAAACUGAUGUAGACAGAGCAGCUGGCCCUGGGAGUGAUUGCACAGCACACUUUGCUGAACAGAGAAUCUGUGCUGCUUUUGCUGUGGAAAAGAAGUUUCCCUAUGUGGAGCUUUGUACUACACUAGGUAUGCUGCUUCCAGGUACCUGCACUACCUGUGGUUGCGCGCUCUAAUCUUGUACUUGUGAAAUAAGGCUUUCCUAACUCCUGUUGUAUUGAAGGGCAAAUCUUUACAACCUUUUUCACUUUGAAUUUGAUUUAGUGUAUGUGUGUAUAUGUAUGUAAUAUAAACUUUUGUAAAAUGUUCUUAUUUUACUUACGUUGCACAUAACAGGGUUUGUUUUCUUUUAAAAAAAGGUGCUGCUCAAUUCCCACCUCGUUCCAGAUCUAUUGGUUAAGUGAAAUAAAACAGUCCUCAGAAA